GGUCACGCAGACCCAAGACGCCAGUUUUAACAUCACUCAUUUGUUCCAUUUUUCUAUGGACCGAAAAACGUUGGACAGUGAAUGCCAACAGCUAUUGGAAGAAUGGGGAUUUUUCUAGCUCUUAAUUCUUUCAGGAACUACCCACUUCAUUCAGAUUCUAUGAAUAGAGAGACAACUGUGACCAGCAGGAGUAGUAUGGUGUAACAGAUUGGAAAUGAAGAAUGGAAGAAAUGUACAGCUCCAUCUCUCAAGACAUAAUUUCAUUUGUAUGUGACCUCACUUCCUGGAAAAUGUCCUUCCUAUAGACAUAGCGUGUGGUUAUCAGGAGCCUUUUUAUCCCUCUCUUAUCAGUGUUGCUACCUUUUAUGGCACUGACGUCUUGAGGGUAGAAGGUUCACCUCACCCUAGCUGCAUGGUCCUCUCUGUUUUUUGGAUACGUGAAAAGUAGCAAUUCAAAGAGAAGUUAUAAUAAAGAUCAGGACUGACUUUUGGAACUUAACCAGGUCAAAGGGAUUUUAUGUGAAAGCUGCAUGUCAUCAUGUACAAGCCAAAAAAAGAUGAUAUUUACGCAUAUGCGCUGUCCAAGACCCUGACAAAGGUUUCAUCACCUGCAACUGUAGGACUCUACUCUUCAUGUCAGAAUCGAAUUAACAUGAUCCUCGGACAAAUGGAAGUCUACAUGAAGCGGGAAGCUUUGAGGAUUGAGCAGGAAUAUGAGGGGAGAUACAGGCCGCGUUCAGUUACGCCUUCAUUUAGUGGCUUUCUAGCACUCAUUGGCCGAAUGCUCUUCUACAGGCCAAUUUGGACGGAGGAGAACCAGCAGCACCAUAAUAUCAGGUUCAUUUACGUACAUUUUAGUGCUUGGCAUUUUGCAGGCAGUGACCUGCUUUGGGCCGGGCUAGCCAUACGGCUGUUUCAGGCCAUGCAGAUGAACUUUGGGAAAUUACCGAUUGUGCUCUACCGUGUGGCUCAACAUAAUGAAGACGACGAAGUCAAGAACAAGACAGUGGAGAAUGGUCCUAACCAGUGGAGGUCCAAAAAGGUUUGCUGCUGCCCUUUGUGGUUUCUUGUCCUGUCCAUUCUUGUGGUACCAGUUAUCAUCCUGAUAUUCGUGUUGACUGUUGGCCUUCCCAAGCCUGAGGUGAAACCAGGCGGGGCGGUGAAUGCAACAAUCAGCCAGGUGGAUGUUCUGGAUGGCCUGGUUAUCGCUGCCUUUGGAGUCCCUACAGCAAGCGCAUUGAGGUUUGUGUUUCUGAUUGGUAAGAACCUUAUCUUCAACCAGGAUAAGAACAUAAAGAAGGGGAUGGACAACGAGCGGGUCAGCAGCCAUCUGGGCUUCAUGAACGAAGUGAGGAAGGAAAUGUGGUUUCUGUCUCGAUUCAUCCAGUUUAUGGAGGUGUUUGAGAGGAGGAGGAUCCGGGUGGUACUGCAGAUCACCAAUCUGGACCGUUGCUCUCCCAAAAAAAUUGUCACAGUUCUGGAUGCCAUCAACAUUCUGCUUUCAGAUGAGGAAUGUCCAUAUAUUUCAAUUCUGGCCGUCAACCCAGAUGUUCUUGUGGAGAAAGUGAACUUUGCAGAUGGCUGCUUUAGCAAAGAGGACAGAGCUUAUGCACUGUUGAACCGCAUCGUGACUCUGGCCUUCACGGUUCCACCGCUGUGCGAUGAUUCAAAACGCAGUUUAUUUCACAGCCUCACGAGUAAUUCAAAAAACCCUGAGGACAUAAGCAUGAGCAAAAAUAGACGUAGAACUGGGGGCCUGGAAAAGACAUCUUCCUCAGACUUGUUUACAAUGGAGAUUGCAUUUGAAACGAAAGAGUCUUAUCCACUGAUAGAUAAAACUGCAGCAGACCUGAAAGAAAAUGAGGAGGAAGUAGAAAUGUUGGUCCAGAGCACCUUGACCAGCAAUGAAAGGAAUCUAAACAAGUACAUGUUUGAGGAUGCCAUGUCUAUGAGGAGGGCGAUCAACUCCAUUUGGGUGACUGUGAUAAUCAUGAAGACUUUAAAGAAAGAGCUUCCUCAACCAGAAUACAUCGCCGCAUGGGUGGUCUUGGCUAAUCAGUGGCCUUGCCGCCUCAGCUGGAUCCUCCAGUGUGUGGAAGACGCUCAGCAGAGGGCAGAUAUUGAUCGCAAUAAUUCGACAAACACUGAUGAUUCUAAGACCUUGUGGACAGUGUUCAACGAGUCCAGGGCAGAGCUGUAUGUGAUGAGCGCACAGAUUGAAGACCUCCUCGAGCAGGAUGGAGAUCCUGAGAUGUUUGAAAGAUUCCUCACGGUAGAUUUCCAAUUCACUGUGAAGGACUUGAAGACCUUUGAAGAGGUGACGGUGAACCUGGAUCAUUCAAUUAGGAAGGAGCUGGCUCACAUCAGAGGGACAUCUAGGCUGAAGGAUUCUGGUUGGAUGAGGAACCUAGCUCCUCUGCCAAUCACAACUAUCAUCAAAAUGAAGAAAGAGGAUGUAUGUGAAGAGUUGGAGAGGAUGGAAUACCCCCGUAAGUACAUUGAUACUGUGAAAAGCCAUAACCUCAACGGUGCGGCGCUGGUCUUUGGGGAUGCCAAUGAUCUUAAAAACCUGCUAGAUAUGACCUUUGGGGAAUGGGCAACUUUCAGACUCCACUUCCUGGGUUUACCAUCACAUCUCCGACCACAAUACAAGAACAUGGCACUGACACAUUCUCACCCUCAGAACAAGAUGUCUGCAGUUCCCUUCCAUGUAUCCAAUCAGUACCUGUCUAAUCCCAGUCUGAUUAACAGCUAAAUCCAAUCCAUUUCCAGUGAUAUCCCUACAAUUAUGAUCUGCAUUUGUAACAUGUAUUAACAAUCUUUACAGUAACAAUACCAAGUUUGAGAGUAUAUUUAAGAAUGAAGUAAUUACAUUCACUUUGUUUAGCUGUAGCAGCUUGUAAAGAACUCUCGAUUCUGCCAAGAAAAAUAUCUUCUGUAACCAUGUCAAAUACCUAUCACAUACAUGUUCUGUUACUGAAAGGGGGCCAAGCCCAGCAAUGAUAGCUGCAGUUUUACACAAAUGUCCUUUAAUAAUAAUAAUAAUAAUAAUAAUAAUAAUAAUAAUAAUAAUGCACAUUUGUGUUUUCUAUGGAUCACAUUUUCCUAUGUUGAAAAGGUCUUUUGCACAGUAGAUAUUUUGAAGUGUCACACUAGGAAAAGCACAUGUAUGAUUAGCUGCCUGUUUCGGGGUCCUGGUGUUGUGCACGUUGGCUCACUGUCACACUGUAAUGGCUUCACUGUGACACUGUGACACACAAAAUAAAAAGAUGGCUCGGUUUUAUUUUAUAAUUUGUUAAUGUCUCUAAUAAUAACACCUGUGCUUUUCUUGCUACAAGUCAAAACGCCAGCUGUGAAAAGAUCUAUUAUGAGACACACUGUUGUUGUUUGUUAAUGUGUUGUAGAAAGUGACAAACAGAAAAGGAUCAGGUUUCUGGAAGAUAAAAAGCUGUGGAACAUGUCAUCUAAAGACAACACUGACAAAAUUAUUUUCAAUUAUAUAAAAAUAUAUAAUUACAGAUUACAUUGGUUUAUUGUUGGAAAUUAAUAAUCUUUACCUGUUAAAAGCCUCUUUUUUUAAUCUGUCUUCCCUUGCCACACUAUCACACUAAAGUGUUACAUGCACAUUAGCAUACGGUGUUUCAUCAGCCUUUAGUUUGCUUAAGGUUUAGAGAAGGCUCCAUAUAAAAAAUUGCAACUUCAUUGUAGGUUUUUUUUUAUGUUUUGGAUUUAUUUUAAUGUUAAAUUUUUUUGUUUGUACUGUGGCUUUAUUCUGGAAUCAGUGGGUGUUUAUAAUGAGGUGUGUGCCUGUGCCAUACAUUAUAAAUGCAUGCUAGUUGGGAAGUUUAGUACCAUAACUCUUUAAGUAAGUCAGAGAAUAUUAACGUUUGGGUUGUGGAAAUUUCUUUUAUGCAGACAUAGUAAGAUUACAUUCAUUUCAGAACCUGAAUGUAAGGUAUUUUUAGUAUUUUAUCAAUUAAAAUUAAUUUUCUGGGAAUACUUUAUCCUUAAGAAAAUAAGUAUUUAUUCAUACUGUAUAUGUGCUGUAGUAAACUGUAAUUCCCUAUUUCAUGCAAAUCAACUGUAAAGUCUGACAAAUAAAAUGCAUAUGCAUCAGUCCCAUAAUAAAAAUGCCCAUCCAAGCAGA